AUGGAACCAAUUGUUAAGAGUGGUGGCGAUAUCUUUUUAAAAUUAUAUAGAAAUAAAGUUAUUAGAAAAGAAAUUAAUGAAUGGAAGAGUGAAAAACCAAAAUGUUUUAGUUUCAAUUCAAGAGAAAGUUUACUUCAAUUCGAAGAUAGAGAAUUCCUUUUAAAUGCAGCUAUUAAUUUUGAUGAAGAGUUAGAAGUCGGUGAUAUCCCAUCAUCUGUAAAGAUUUUAUCAAUCUCAGCAGCCUACAGAAAAGAAAUUAAAGCAAAUGUUAUUCCAAAUGGUGUAUUUACAUUAGGCCUUCCAUACUCUUUUGAUCAAGAGUUAGUAGAAACCCUUAUUCCAUCCAUCAUCGAGUUUGACCAAGAUAUCACCCAAGGCUCCAUCCCAUCUUCAGUUGAAACCCUUUCAUUUUUAAAUAAAUUCUCAAAACCAAUUGGUCCAAAUGUAUUACCACACUCAUUAAAAUCACUUGUAUUAGGUUUUGGUUUUAACCAACCAAUUACUGGUAUUUUACCACAAGGCCUCUUAGAAUUAAGUUUUAGCUAUUCUUUCAAUCAACCAAUCUUUGCUGGUGAUCUUCCAACAGGUCUUAAGUCACUUUCAUUGGGUGCUAGUUUCGACCAACCACUCGAUGGUGUUCUUCCAGAUGCUCUUGAAUCUUUAGUUCUUUUCAGAAAAUAUUCACAUGCUUUCAAUUUACCAGCAGCAAUCAAACAUUUAGAGAUUGAUAAUAUUGCACCAUUUAUUCAAGCCAAUUCUGCUAUUCCAUCAUCAGUAACCGAGUUUUCAAUUGCCAUGCCAAAUAUCAGUUUAGCAAUCCCAGUUGGUUUUAUUCCUUCAUCAGUUAUAAAUCUCACCAUAAGAUCCAACUUUUCACAACCAAUUACACAAAAUGUAAUCCCAGCAUCAGUAGAAACUAUUACUUUCCGUUCAAGAGGUUUCGAUCAAACUAUUGUUAUUCCACCAACAGUUAAAAAGGUUAUUGCUUACAAUGAAACUAAAAAUAGAUUAGCUAGAAAUCGUCUAAUUCCAUCUACCGCUACUUUUGUUUAUAUUAGAUCGUUAAAAUCAGAAGAUGACCUUACUGAUGAGGAAGAUGAAUAUACUGAUGAGGAAAAUGAAGAAGAAAAUUAA